AUGCAGAAAAGCCCGAGGAAGUACUUCGUUAGCAUGGAUGAGUACUUGUCCAGCCUGGGCCUGUACCGCAAAAUGAUGCCUCGGGACGCCUCCUGCCUUUUCCGAGUCGUGUCCGAGAAGUUGUAUUACUCACAGAACUACCACCAGGAGGUCCGUGCAGAGUGUGCCAACUUCAUGAGAACCAACCGGGUGACCUUUGAACCAUUUGUCGAAGGCUCCUUUGAGAAGUACCUGGAACGUUUGGAAGAUCCAAAGGAGACGGCGGGCCAGGUGGAGAUUAAAGCUCUGUCCCUGCUGUACAGACGCUGCUUCCUGAUCUAUCGUUAUCCGGGUAAACCAGCUACAGUGAUCACAGAAGACGACUUUACUGACAAGGUGAUCCUGUGUUGCUCCAACAACGGCCAUUAUGACAUUGUUUAUGGCCGCAAUUACCCCAGUUCUGCUGCCCUCUGCCAGUCUCUCCUCUAUGAGCUGCUCUACACCAGGGUUUUUGGAGUGGAGGAGCUGGACCUCUAUCAGUCUCUGGAGGUCUUCCGAAGCGGAGGUCGUCGUUACAGAAGCAGCCCAUCAGCAUGUAGCGAUGGUGACCUGGGGUACGACGCACCAGACGACCGUGCUCACAGGGAAGAGUGGGAGAUGAGUGGAGCUGGAAGACCUGCUGAAGGUCAGCAGAAGGCCUCGGUGGAUGAUAGCAAGCCCUCAGCAGACUCCUCCACUCCCUCCAGACUGUCUUUGCCUUAUAAGGUGUUGAAGUCUCUGGAUGGGGACAUAUAUCGGAACUUGGCAUUUGAUGUUUGGCAAGACAGCCGUAAAGAAAUGCAGAAGACAGACUACAUGGUGUUUGCAGGCCGGCAGUACUUCCUGGGAGACAAAUGUCAGGUGCGUCUUGAGCCCAAAGGGAAGUACUACAAUGCGUUCAUCCAGGAAGUGGGAACGCACUCCUCAGCGGUCACUGUGUUCAUCGAGGAACUGGGAGAAAAACAUCUGGUCCCACUGGCCAAUCUGAAGCCAGUAAAUCCAGUCCCAGCCUGGAACGUGGCCCCGAGUCGUAAAGGAGACCUGGACGGUGAGUCUCGUGGACAGCGCCGCCAUCGUUACUUCAGGAAGUCACGUGGUGGGGGAGGAAAAGGGACAGAACUUCUGAUAAUUCCCUCGCCAUCUUAUGGGGGGCGUCCACACCCAUCUCAGAACGCUAUGCCCCCCCGCUUCCAGCCAGCUACUCCAGGCCGCCCCGGGAUCCAGGACUAUGACCCCUAUGCUCCCCCCUCUAGAUCCCCCCGCUACGGAGCUACCAGAAGCUCUGGACGGUUCCUGAACCGUCACGUGAUUGGUCCACAGUUGACCUAUUAUCACCCGGGGAGACGUUAUUACCACAGCUAUGACAACUGCGCCUUCCGCUCACGGCGUAGCCGUCGGCAGUUCACAGCUGCCAUCAACAAGCCGUGUCAGUUUGGGUACUCCACCGAGGCUGGGGAGGAGUCACCCCAAGACCUGGAUGGAGGUGUUGCAUACUACCAGCUGGAGGAGGCAGGUGAUGCCAUCUAUCCCCCCCUGCCGGGCCAGGCUGUGGCCCCGCCUCCUCCUCUGAUGGGAACUCCACCUCAUCCCUCUACCUCCUCUUACUGGGUCCAGCAGGGACCCAUCACCCUACCCCUUCCUCCUCCUCCCCUUCCUCCUGCCCCUGGAAAACCACCUGUGACAUCAUCAGAGGAGGACCAGGAAGACAGCAGCACCAUGGAAGAUCAUGCUGAGUACACAGAGGAGUACAUGUACAGCACUCGGGAGGCUGGUUUGCAGACUCCAGUGGUCCAUGCUGCUCCAGAACUGACUACAGGCAUUUCACAGGGUUCGCAAGAGGGGAAUAUUAACCCUCCACUAGAGAGCAUCAAUAGCUACAACUACACACAGCAGGUACGGAAGCCGCCGGCAGUUAUCCCUUCCUCACCCUCUUCCUCCUCCUCUUCCUCACCCUCCUCCUCUUGCUCUCAUACACCUCCAGCUUCCCACCUGCCACCCCAACAGCACAGCCAGCCACGCAUGGUUGCCAUGGCGAUCCCAGCCGACGCUCCCUGGUUGGUCAAUGAGCUGGGUGAGCCUUUGGGUCCUUCGGUGGCUCCGCCCCCUUACUCCUACGAUCCCAAUGGUGCUGACCUGCCAAGAGACUGCCGGGUGCUUCAGUACUACUUUAACUUGGGUGUCCAAUGGUACCAGCAGAGUUACUGGCAGCAAGUGUACCACCCUCCCUCCCCCCCGGAUGGCCUCUACCACUACCAGCCUUACCCUGCCUACCUAAGCCCCACUCCCAACCAGGACAUGCCCAUACAUGCUGUCCCACAGUCUUUUCCCGAGCCAAGCCACGGGCCGUCCCUCCAGCAGGCUCCCCCGUACCCAGAACUAGGCCAGAAAGGAGACGCACCGAUGGAUGCCCAUGCCAGUGGCCCCGCCUUGGCCCUGGAGGUCUCUCCCCCUUGCCCCGCCCCUGUGAGCUCGGUGGCCGCCAACUCCACGGCAGUCGUGUAUCAAGAGCAGCCCGCCUCCCUACUGCCCCUCCACUACGAGUCUCCUCCUCCCCCGUACCUCCCCCAUCCUCCUCCUCCCCCCCAACAAGCCCCUUACCCUUAUCACCACUAUGUCCCUGCCCACUGGGGGGCCAUCCAAGGGGGCCCCGCCUCUGGGCUCCACCCCCGGGUGUACUACCCUUCCCCCAACUCCUCCCACAUUGCGGGUUACGUUGCUGCCCCGCCCCCUCACUUCUCCACCACACACUGCAUACCUCCCAAUGGGUAG